GGUGUGGGUCUGUUCUGCUGUUGAUCCAGUGGCAUCCCAGCGAACCUUUGCGCAAGCCAAACGUGUACAUGUUUACAGGUUGCAAAUUCCAGGUCAAAAGAUAGAUGCAGAGCCUCAUUUUUCUUACAGCCCCAAGCAAACAGCAUACUAAACAGUCGCAACGAAGCAAUGAUACCCGAGGUUGUAAAGAACUGGAUUCCCCGUCUCCCCAUGACGGCUCCAUCCCUUGUGGGUCGCCAUGUGCGCACAGACCCGUUGGAUCUUUCCAAGGAUAUUCCUCUCCUUUGGGAUGCCUUGGGUGGCAACGAUGAAAGUAUCAACGAAAGGCUCAAGUGGUACGGCUUUGCCGAUUUGGGAAAUGAACAAGACUUGUCUGAUCUUCUCGAACGAUUCCAUCAGCCUGCAACUGGCUGUUGUGUCAACGUUUUCCGUCUGGUUCCCAGCAAUCAAGUGGCCGGUAUGGCUUCGUACAUGGCAACUCGACCGGAGCACGGAAGCACGGAAGUGGGUCUUGUGGCCCACGGGCCCGCCAUGGCACAGAGCCCCGCUGCCACCGAAGCUCAUUAUUUGUUGGCCCAGCAUGCCUUUGAAACCAUGGGAUACCGUCGCUAUGAAUGGAAAUGUGACUCGAACAACGCUCCCUCCAACAAAGCAGCCCGUCGCUACGGCUUUACAUACGAAGGCCAGUUUCGCCAGCACAUUGUAACCGCCAAGGGAAACAACCGCGACACCAACUGGUAUUCCAUGUUAGACUCGGAGUGGCCGCAGCGGAAAAAGGCAAUGGAAGCUUGGUUGCAUCCUUCCAACUUUGACCAGGAUGGCAAGCAAAAGCAUCAACUGCAGCAUUUUCAGGAGAGCAACAAAUAGCUGCUACGCUGUAAAGAGUAAAGGAAAGUGGUGGAUUCACCCAAUUCCGAGCCAACCAGCUUUACCUUUAAGCGAGCUACUAAAUUUUCAAAUUAACGAUCUUCGUCUUGGA